AUGAAGGAUCUUUGCCUCCCAAUGUUUUUAAUGUUAAUUGUUUCAUUCGGUCCAAACAGUUUAACAACUCGCUGUAGAAAUGAAGAAUCAGUGACAAUAGAACAACGUGUUCUAGGAGCAGCAGCUCCUAUGGAAGCACAAAGAUUUUCAAUUAUAACAAAUACUGGAUCUAAUGUCAGCAGAGAAAUAAGUACGAAUGCUUCCUCUAGUAUGAGUGUUGGAGAAAAGCGCAAGUAUGACUCUUUGGAGUUAGAUAGAGAACCUGCAGCUGAAGAGGAGGAAGUAGUUCUUUUUCGUGCCAAUUUUGAGGAAUUUAUGCGUCGUCUUAGGCAUAAGGCUUGCAUUGAGAAUGUGAGAACACGCCUGGAUGAUGGAUCUUCAAUUGUCUUAAGAGCAAUGCUGGAGGCAGCAAGAAGUUUAGAGAAAAAAGUGAAAACAGAAAAGCCUGUUCCCUUGUCACUGAAUACCAUUUUUGAAGAGGUAAUGAAGAGUGAAGAAGGGCGUGGUAUGACCUUAGACCGUGUCAGAGCUUCCCUUGCCCAGUUUGGUUGUUCACCCUCUGCAAGAGGGACAGAUGAAUCAUAUAGUAUUGAUUUGAAGAAAAUUGUCGAAUUAGCACAGAAUGAUGAGUUGGAGUCAAUUGUGUUGAAAAGAUAUGGAAGGGACGCUUAUAGAAUGUUCAGAUUACUGUCAAAAACUGGUCGCCUAGUUGAGACCGAUAAGAUUUCAGAUACCACAUUUGUUGAAAAGAAGGAUGCACCCAAGAUUCUUUAUAAGCUUUGGAAGGAUGAGUACUUGCAUAUGGAGAAAUUAGUUGUAGCGGGAGCUAGACAAUCACAAUUCUUGUUAUGGAAAGUAAAUAAGCCCUCGCUACAAGAACAUGUACUAGAUGAGAUGUUCCGUGCUGCUUUAAAUUUGAGUCAACGAGUGGCUUAUGAGCGGGAAAAGGAAAAAGAGUUUAUAAACCUCCCAGUAGACAAACAAGUUAUGUCACGAGAGGAAACACUUAAUCGACGAAGAAGUGUCAGGAAUGUCCUGGAAUCAUCGCUGCGGGAGCUUGACGAUGCUCUCAUGCUUUUCCAUGAUUUUGAAGAACCAUCACUGCUGAAGCUUGAUGAUGCUCUCAUGCUUUCCCACCACUCAUGAAUGCAAGUCCUAUGGGUAUAUUAUUGCUUACAUUUCUUUUCUUUUCUAUUUUAUUUUUUUCAAAAAGAGAUCGUAUGGAUGGUGGGUUGGUUUUCCCUCAUCAUCUUAUCAUCCUUAUCGUGUAAUUCACUCCUCUUAUUUCCUUCAUUUGGACACAAAGCAAGAAGUUAUAGAAUUUUCUUGUAAAGUAUAUAUCUGGGGCAGCAUCUUUUCCAUUUUCUUUUAGAUAAUGGAGUAGACAUGUUUGUUUUGAUA